AUGGAGUGCAAGAAGUCCAACAAGAUCAGAGAAAUCGUCAGGCUGCAACAAAUCCUGAAGAAAUGGAGAAAGGUUGCCAACUCAUCCAAGCCCACCUCCAUCACCACCACCACCACCACCACCAUCACCGGUUCGCCUACAACCACCACCAACAGCAGCAGCGGCAGCAAGAGCAUAAAGUUCCUGAAGAGAACUCUGUCAUUGUCAGAGAGAAGCAGCAGCGACGAUGGCACAGUGCCGAAGGGUUACCUGGCGAUCAGCGUCGGGCUGGAGCAGAAGCGGUUCACGAUCCCGACGGAGUACCUGAGCCACCCUGCAUUCCACAUCCUGCUGAGGGAGGCAGAGGAGGAGUUCGGGUUCCAGCAGGCCGGGGUCCUGAGGAUCCCUUGCGAGGUCUCGGUGUUCGAGAGCGUGGUGAAGAUCGUCGAGGAGAAGAAAGGUGGUGCUGUCUACUUCACGCAGCAGCAGCAGGAUUGCAGGUUUGACUUUGAAGAUGGUGCAGCAGGAGGGUAUGGUUACUGUUCAUUGCCGGGGCAGCAGGGCAGUGCUCCGGCUCACCACCCUCAAAGCCCUAUGUGCAGAUGA